AUGCCGCAGCUCCAUGCAGUGCAAGGGCGGCCUAUGGGACUGGGCAUCGGGCAUGGCAUCGGGUGCGGCGUCGGGUCUCGCGCCCGGUGUGAUGUCGAGGACCGGUCCGGGCAAGUCGUCGGGGCCUCUGUCGGGAGGGCCGACGGGGCGGGGGAGCGGCGCGGCGUCUGGGACGUCGUCGUUAACGGAGUCGGCUGCUGCGUCGGGGUGGGAGCGUCGGCCCGGGGACGGGGCGCAAACGGCUUCGGGAGCGGCUUCGGGCGCGCCGUCGAGCGCGGCGUCCGGCCCCGCAGCGGCAGGAACGCCGAGCACGGGUGCGGGCAGAACGUCCAGGACGGGUCCGGGCAGGUCGCCGGGGCGUCCGUCGGGAGGGCGGUCGGGGAGCGGCGCGGCGUCGGGGGCGUCGCGGGGCCGUCUGUGGGAGAGCGGCGUGGCGUCGGGGACGCGUCGACGGCUUGGGUUGCGGCGUCGACGCACGGCAACGGGGACGGGUCGAACAGGGCAAGACAGGGCGAGGCGGUGCCCCACGCCGCAUCGCCGGUGCGCCAGGAACAGCCGCUGGAGAGCGUCGCGCUGGUCGGCCACAAGCUUCUUAGCCACAACCCGCCUCCAGAGCUCCCCGAUCCGGCGGACAGGCCUCUGUCGGCGCCCGGGGCGGGCGCCGCGCUCGUCGCCCAGGGGGCGGCAGUCCUGCGCCCGGAGCCGCUCAGCGCCGGCGCAGUGCCCGUGGUCAGCGAGUGUGACGAGCAGCGGCUGCGGGACUUGCAGAACCGCGCGGCGUGCAGCGAAGACAGCGACGGCUGCCACACGUGCCGGGAGCGGGUGGACUGGAUCGUGAAGAACAAUCGGAGGACGCUGGAGGUGGCGUACAGCAUCGUCGCCGCAGAGUUCCCCGAGGACUGCAGCGAGCUGAUGAAGUGCAAGAAGGACCUUCUGGAGCAGGCGGCGGCUCCGAAGCCGCAGCAGGCCUGGGCCGCGCGCGGCGGCGGCGCCGGGCCGCCUGCCUUCGGCGCGGUGCUCCUGAAGGCGGCGGCGGCCGCCGCAGCGGCCGCGCUGGCCGCGGCCGCGCUGGUGGCGCGCAGGGCCGGGCGGCGGGGCUGCGCUCCCACGGAGGCCGACGAGGAGGCCUUGGCCGCCGUUCCGCUUCGGGGCGGCACGGCGGAGUGA